GGGUGCACGAGUUACUGGAGAGAUGAGAUCAGGGAUUUAAGAGUGCACAAAAUUACAUACACACGUGCACUUCAUGUUAUGCAAGAGCCUUGACUGCCUCACUGUAUGCUGUAGGAUAACAGUAGCAGUGAGCGGACAGGCAGAGCAGAUGCUGUGUACAUACACAGGGAAGCCCACGCUUAAUACAGCAGGAGAAACAGAGAAGAAUCUGACAUUUCUAGGAGCUAUGGGCAUUAGCUUGGAUGUACUAAGCUUGGAUGAGCUUGGAUACCUCAAGGAAAAGGAGCUAUUUGCAAGAUUCCUUCUUGUUGCACUAUGAAUGGAUUAUAAUCAGCAAUGUUGAGCAUGCUACUUGGGGUAUUGUGAUCACCUCAGGACAAAAUCUGCUGUUUUGAUCCUUGUCCCGUGGCCCCUGGAGGACUUUCAUCAUGACAUCAGCGUGGUCCGUGAUGUGGGUUGUGUGUGGACUGAUUGUGUGGUUUCCCCACACUCACGCAGCCUCAGUGAUCCCCAAUCUGCUCAUGACCACCUCUGAUCCAAGCACUGACGAACAACCAAUCAAUCCAGAGCAUCCGACUGAACCUACAGAUCCACCCAGCAACAACACAGCCUCCGUGAGCCCCAAUCUGCUCAUGCCAACCUUUGAUUCAACGACUGAUGAGCAACCAAUCAAUCCAGAACAUCAGACUGAACCUACAGAUUUUUUCAGCAACAGUGAUACAGCCUCAGUGAGUUUCAUUCUGCUCAUGACCACUUCUGAUGCAACAACUGAAGCACAAUCAACCACUCCAAAACUUCUGAAUGACUCUACAGAUCCACCCAGCAGCAACAACACAGGACUUGUAUGUAUUUCUGUGCUUCCCCCACGACGGGGAUCAUACUACGUGGAGCUCGGCACAGGGGUGUCUGUGGGCUCCAUGCUUGUGUUCUGGUGUAAGGAGGGCUACCAGCUGGUUGGCCAUGAGAAAAUCACAUGCAUCCUACGUGCAGGCGUCCCUCGAUGGAGCAGCAACCUGCCAGUCUGUGAGAGUAUUCCUCGGCCAAAUGACCAGGGACUUCGCAUUGCUUUACUGGUGUCUGUUGUGAGUGGGGUGGUCAUUCUUGUCAUGACAGUCUGCUUUAUUGUCUGCUGUUGUCAAGAGCGCAUGAGCAAAAAGAAGGAAAAGCAUCGGAUGGGGAGAAGCAGGUUAGUCACAUUAAUACUUAAAAUAACCAUAAAAAUGACAUGUACUUACUGUUAUAAUAAUUCAUUAUCCAUAAUUACAUGCAAGUAACCCUAACCCUAACCAUAUAGUAAAUACAUAUAGCUAAUAAAUA